CGGCUCCUCUGACGUCACCACGUCAACCCUGACGUUAUCGGACUGUGGACCCUUUGCACAGCAUCGGCGGGGAAGUUAGCAAUCUCCUUUUACACUCAGAUUCAUUGAUACAAUAAGGUCAAAGAUGUCCCUCACACCAGUGUCCUCCAACAAGUGCGCCGGCGGCUUCCAGAAGGUUUUUGAACAUGAAAGCACCGAGCUGCAGUGCAAGAUGAAGUUUGCGAUCUAUCUGCCUCCAAAGGCUGAGACCGACAAGUGUCCCGUCAUGUACUGGCUCUCUGGCCUGACGUGCACGGAGCAGAACUUCAUCACCAAAGCCGGCAGUCAGCUCGUCGCCGCGGAGCACGGCAUCAUCAUCGUAGCUCCGGACACCAGCCCACGUGGAUGCAACAUUGAAGGGGAGGAUGAGAGCUGGGAUUUCGGGACUGGUGCUGGUUUCUAUGUCAACGCCACCCAGGACCCGUGGAAGACCAACUACCGCAUGUACGCCUAUGUCACAGAGGAGCUCCCUAAACUGAUCAACGCUAACUUCCCCACCGACCCAGAGAGGAUGUCCAUCUCCGGCCACUCCAUGGGCGGCCAUGGGGCGCUCAUCUGUGCUCUGAAGAACCCUGGGAAAUACAAGGCUGUGUCUGCAUUCGCUCCCAUCUGUAACCCGAUGCAGUGUCCCUGGGGACAGAAAGCUUUCUCGGGAUAUCUGGGCUCUGAUAGGUCCACAUGGGAGGCGUACGAUGCUACUGUGUUGGCGGCUUCGUAUUCUGGCCCUCAGCUCGACGUCCUCAUCGAUCAAGGCCGAGACGACCAAUUCCUGUCAGCCAGCCAGCUUCUCCCCGACAACCUGAUUGCCGUCUGCUCCGAGAAGAAAAUCCCCGUCGUCUUCAGGCUGCAGCCGGGCUAUGACCACAGCUACUUCUUCAUCUACUCCUUCAUGAACGACCACAUCAAGCACCACGCCAAGUACCUGAACGCCGCAACUGCCACCACAGUUUGACCCGUCAGUCCGGUCCACUCUGACCCUGCUGCUCUGCUGCCAUCACUCACCUCUUCUGUCUCAUUUCUCUUCUGACCUCCUGCAGCACUGAGCGUGUUCAGUACCCGUUUCUCAGAAACCCAACUCUGUAACCAAGCAUGUCAGGUCACUGACGUUUCAUCCCACUUGGAAGCCUUUGUGCCUUCACUCUAAAAAGCACUUACCUGAAGUCUGAGAUGAGAAGAGAAACUUCUGUUUUUAGUAUUUUGGGGGGAGCUGUGGUUACAGGAACAAUGUCUCUAAGAUCAGGAAACGUUCCUGUGACUGCCAGCAUGUGGGUUUUCUUCAGGCUCUGAGUCGGGGCAGAGGUCUGUCAGUUUU